AUGGCGAAGACAAGAGGAGGAGGUCAAGUUGGUUCUCGUCGUAGUAGACGUAACCAAGGCUUGGAGGUAGAAGAGAUAACACCACAAGUUGCUCCAGCAACAACACUAAAGGUGAAUAAGAAAAGAAAAGCAAAGAAAGUGGCUACGAGCAGUAGUACUAGAAACAAGAAAGUGGCUGCUCAAGAUGAUGAGGUAGAAGAUAUUACACCGCAAGAUAAUGUGGUUGAAGAUGUAAUACCGCAAGAUGAUGCUGUUGACAAUGUAACACCAUCAUCUAUGGAGGCUGAUCAGACUGAGAAAGCAAUGUCUGAAAAUGAGAAAGAAGAUUCUGAGAUAGAAGGAGAAGCUUGUUUGACUGGACAAGAACAGCAGGAGGAUGAAGAAGAAGCUCCGAAUAUGGACGAAGCUAUUGAGAUGUGUUGGCAAUGGUCAAGAUAA